UAUACCUAAUUUUUUGAAAUUUCAAUGUUAACAAGGAUUAGCACAAGGAAAUUCUCCAAAAACUAUAGCAUUUUUGGAGCCGGCCCAUCUGGGCUUUGGACAGCACUUAGACUAAGCGAAGGGCAAGCCGCUGCAUCAGGAAGCGACGCUGAUGUACCUAAGCAAGGGGAUGUAAUCAACAUUUAUGAUCCCACAAGAUAUUCUUUUAGCGAAAGUAAAAAUGCUGAAUACAGAAACGGAGACCGAGUUCCAGGAGGAAGAAUUAAUACUUACUACUAUGGCCAGAAGGGAGAUAAUGGAAACUGGGCUAAUUUCAAGAACAACACUAGUGCUGAAAUGGGUGGAAUGAGAUACCUGGAGUAUCACUAUGAUGAGAAUGAUCAUGGUCAUAGACUAGUCACUCAGCUGAUCAAUAACUAUGAUCUUAAAGGGGAUGAUUUUAACACAACUCCUAAGCCCCUAAAGUACAUUCGUGGAAAGCAUCAAUGGGUAGGAUACGACACUGAGGAAGGUACUUAUUGGAAGAAUGCUUAUCAAAAUAUCUUUGAUAGACACCUUCAGAGCUAUUUUGAACAGUACGGAAUUGAUAGCAAGGAUGGACGCUUGACAAGAAAUCAGAGAGCAAAGUUCUACAAUGAUGCUACUUACAACUUCUUGGGAUUUGACGGUCGCGAGCAAGUUUAUGCAGAUGAUACUAGGCUUAAGAACAUUGGAUUCUGGAACUUAGUAGUCGCCGAGCCCAACAUUGGUGGGGUUGGAUACGACUACUUGUUAAAGACAGCAGGAUACAAUGCUUUUUUGAUCAACUACAAUGCAGCUUCAGCUAUGGUCAGGAACAAUGAAUUUGUUCCAGGUAGUACCACUUAUCAUUCAAUUAAAGGAGGAUUCUCUAUUUUAUUCGAUAAGAUGUUCAAAACUAUUGAAGAGAACUGUGAGAAGAACGGAAUCGAGUUCAAUUACCACACAGGAAAGAAGGUUGUUUCCGUUUAUGCAAAGAAAACAGAUGAUGAAUCUUCAACUAAGGUUGGAUUUUUACUAGGAGAACAUGGAAACUCAUGGGUUCCAACAUCAAAUGAGCAUAUUGCAGACCAUGCUUUCUUAUGUAUGCCUCGCCACUCGUUACAACAAGUUGCUUCCACCACUAUUGACGAUGCUAAUACAGGGGAUAAAUAUUAUAUCUUAAAUGAUGAUGAAGUGCAGCUAAGACUCAAAUCAGUCAUUUCCCAACCAUCUUUCAAGAUAGGUGCUUACUUCAAAGAACCCUGGUAUGAAAACAUUAGAGGCAACAACGAUCCUCAUUUAAAGCUAGAUAUAAUUCCUCACGCUCAGCCAGGGCCAACCAUCACAGAUUUGCCACUUAGACAGACUUACUACUUUGGAGAUAAUUCUUUGCCAGGAGGAGAGAAAAGAUAUGCAAUGCUUUUGAGCUACGAUGACAUGGUAAAUCCUUACUUCUGGCAUCAACUAAGAUUCACAAAAGAUAGAGAGGUGACUGGUCAUGGAGAUGACCUUGGAAGCCAUGGCUGCCAAUAUAUUGACUGUGAAAACAAUCCUGCAUACAAGAGAAUCUUGAGAAACUUAAUCGCCGAGCUUCAUGGAUGUGAUAUCAGUGAUAUCCCAGAUCCUUGUGAAGCUGUAGUUAUGGAUUGGUCUGUUGAUCCAUUUGGUGGUGGAUACCAUGCUUGGAAGCCUCACUUCGAUAUCGUAGACACUCAGGAUAGAAUCAGAAGACCUUCUAGAUUUAUUAAAAACAAUUCCUACAAAGAAAACUUUGACCAAGCCCCAAUCUACAUUGCAGGAGAGGCUUACUCAGAAGACCAAGGAUGGGUUGAAGGAGCAUUCUGUACUGCAGAAUCCAUCCUCUCAGACUACUUUGGAGUGAAGCCAAUAGAAGGACUGACUUAUGAGAAUUACGACUUAGUUCUAAAGAAUGAGAACAAUAAAGACUAAGUCAAAAGGAUGCAUGA